CUACAGCUGGUGACGUUUCAAAACCAGUAAAUAAAAGACGUAAAACAAACAAGAGACAAACAUUGUUUCUGUUUUAUUGUUUGUUUCUGUUUUAUUGUUUGUUUCUGUUUUAUUGUUUAUUUCUGUUUUAUUGUUUGUCUCUGUUUUAUUGUCUGUUUCUGUUUUAUUGUUUGUUUCUGUUUUUACCCUUUCCCUUUUCCACACUCACCAUCAUUGGUUUAUAGGGAAUGCAUGUAGAAAUUAUUUCCUUAUGGAAAUAAAUUUAGAGGAAGUAGUACUUCUUUUAUUGCCUGACUCGCUCACGUGUGUAGUUUACACGCGUUGAUAGAGGAAAUUGUGCAUAAACUAUGAUGUUCAUAGAAUCUUGCGUAUUUCUCUUCUGUUUAUAUUUUGUUGAUUCAAAAGCUGGACUCGGGGUAGGAGUCUGCGGUCGUGAUCCUUUGAGAUGCUGUCCGAAUUAUCGACAGGUGGAUACAUUCUGCAAUCCUUGUGAUACAGGUACCUUUGGACACAAUUGCUCUGAAGGUUGUGUUUAUGGAUCGUAUGGAUUUGGAUGUUCAAAGAAGUGUAACUGUUCACGUGAUCAGUUUUGUGACGCAGUUACAGGAUGCUCAUAUAAUACCACUGCAGACGGAAAAAGCAACAAGGAUAAGGAAAUCAUACACAAGAUUUUACCUGUUUUAUUGGCCGUCAUAUUCAGCGCCGGAUCAAUCUUACUUAUCAUCGUCGUACUGUUCAAUCAAAGAUUAAAGUUUCUCAGAGAAUAUUUCUCAGAGUUGAGGACCAGGCGUGUCUCUAACAACUCUGCCACCCAUAAUUCGGACGAACCUCAGGAAGACUACUCUCAGAUGACAAGAGCAUCUAACAGUUACAACGUACUCAGCUUUAAUAGGCGCAACGCAAUUUCCACUUUCAACGCCACUGAGGAAGAAGACGUCUACGACGAAGGUGGCGCUGUUGUCGUAAACAGAAACGAUGACUUUCAGGACAGCUACGUAACACUUGCUCUUCAGCGGAACCAGAGGAUGAUCGCCGUCGAAUUUGAGAAAAGUGCAUAUUCUUCUGCUACGAAGACAGCUGAUGAUAAGGAUGAUGACAGCUAUGUUACACUAGCUGUCAACGAUAACGAGGCUACGGGAGACAAUUCAAACGGUACUUCCAAUAGCCUAUUGAUGACUGCACAUGCAGAAAGUUCGGAUACUUAUGAUGACACUCUGCCUUUUCAUUCUCAUUAUUACAUGUUAAACAAACAAGAGACAAACAUAAAGACGUAAGAUAGAAAUGUCGCUCUUAAUGUUUGUACAGGCAGGCGUUUUUGAAAUUAGAGACAAAAGUAUUUUAGAUAUUAUUUAGGUCUGUGUUUGUGUCAUUGAAGAUGGACUACAAACCAGAUUUGCUCCUGUCAUAUGUAUUAUUCUGUCUUCCAAAUCAAAUCAACGUACUUUUUUCAAACUUCAACACAUUUCAUUAUGAAUAGUACGGUUUGUACGUCAGUGAAGUGACUUGUUAAGAAUAGCAUAUAAGCCUAGAUCUUUACAACUAAACUUGUCAAUAGUUACAGAUCCUUAUUCUGAUGAAAACACGUAGGUAUUUUAUAAUACUCUCAAGGUUAACAAAUUGUGUUUGUUGAUUAGCAUGCACGAUACUCAGCCUCAGUCAUAUACAUGUGCAAUUUUUUAAGGACAUAGGAACUGAAAUCAUAAAAGUUUAGAAUGAGCAACAACUUUACAACAUGUGUAAAAUAGAUAUAUGAAAAGACUGCUGAAGUAUUUAGAAAUAUUACAAUAUGAUAUCUAAAUAUACAGUCAGGUAUCCCCCCUAGAAAUAUACCCAGCUUUUGGUGUACUGGAGUAUUUAGAAAUAUUACAAAUAUGGUAUUCAAAUAUACAGUCAGGUACCCCCCAUGAAAUCUACCCAGCUUUUGGUGUACUGGAGUAUUUAGAAAUAUUACAAAUAUGGUAUUUAAAUAUACAGUCAGGUAUCCCCCAUGAAAUAUACCCAGCUUUUGGUGUACUGGAGUAUUUAGAAAUAUUACAAAUAUGGUAUUUAAAUAUACAGUCAGGUAUCCCCCAUGAAAUAUACCCAGCUUUUGGUGUACUGGAGUAUUUAGAAAUAUUACAAUAUGGUAUUUAAAUAUACAGUCAGGUACCCCCAUGAAAUAUACCCAGCUUUUGGUGUACUGGAGUAUUUAGAAAUAUUACAGAUAUGGUAUUCAAAUAUACAGUCAGGUAUCCCCCAUGAAAUAUACCCAGCUUUUGGUGUACUGGAGUAUUUAGAAAUAUUACAGAUAUGGUAUUCAAAUAUACAGUCAGGUAUCCCCCAUGAAAUCUACCCAGCUUUUCCUGUGGAUGGAGAAGGUCGCUAUUAGGUUAUUUGUUUUUUCUCUAAUGAUUGAUUUGAUAGUUUAUCAAUGUUCGUGAUAUAUUUUUAGAAUGGAGUUUGAUACAAGGUAGAUUUUGGAUUAAUACAAGUUUAUCUGCUAAAAGGUGCUGUAUGAACAUGUAAGAUGCUUAAAUGAAGAUUUAACAUUG